UUUUUUUUUAAUGCGUGACACUGAUGUGAAAUGUACGAAACAUGAAAAUUCAUGCUUAAAUAUACACACAAAAAAAAUGUGGACAUUUCACAUGUACAUGAACAAACCAUUUAUUCUUCUUUUCUUUUUGUACUUGUUAUGAAAUCAUAUCCAGACAAACUCAUUGUAGUUCCUCUUGAGAACAAAGUCUUAUUACCCUCUGUUGUCUUGCGUUUGUUUAUUCGUGGUAAACAAGCCAAUGAAUUAACAAAGUCUUAUUUUCGUCAAGAAAAUCAAAAGACAUCUCAAAAAGAUACUUAUAUUGCUUGUGUUCCACUGGAACCCAUUCAGCAUCCACCACAGGAUCGUCAUUCACAAGGUUACGAUACAGUGGGCACUCAAGCACCUCAAUUUCCAUUAACAACGACAAAACAAGUCGUAAGCAAUAACAAUAACAACAACAGUGGCGUGUUAGUUUCAACAGAAGACAGACAUCGACUUUUAUCAUUUGGUUGUCUAGCACGAAUCAUACGUGUCCAAAGAUCGGGUGCCAAUCUUUUUGGUGUCUAUGUUGAAGGUAUUCAGCGCUUCAAGGUCGACAGGUUUACUCAAAAUACACCUUCCAUGGCGUUCCCAGGCUGUUGGGUUGCACAUGCCUAUUACCCUGCUAUUCAAACAAACUCGUCAUUCAUGCAUCUUGAAAACCAGUUCAAGGAUUUAAGCCAGACAUUUGUGUCCAAAAUGCGGGAAUUACAACUCUCAGAAAGUUUAUUGACUCAAUUGGCUAAACUAGUCAAUACAAUGCAGGUUUCGUGUUUAGCUGAUCUUUUGGUCUCGCUGAUUGAGACAACAUUUGAGGAGAGAUGGUCUAUGCUUUCUACGUUUGAUGUAGGACAGCGAUUGCAAAAAGCGUGUGUAUUCUUGACACGACAAUUGCAUGUCUUGCAAAUUUCGGAUAAUUUAGGUGCAGGUAUUGAUGGUCGAUUAAGUAAACGACAACGUGAAUUUUACUUGAGACAGCAGUUAGAAGCCAUUCAAGAUGAACUGGACAGUAACAAUAGUCAUACACCCGUUCAUGUGUUGACUUCGCCCAAGCAAGAAGAAGACGAAUUAACUGUACUGCAUCGUCAACUUGUCCAAGCAAACUUGCCUAAUGAUGUUAUUCUUGUUGCUCAGCGUGAGCUUCAGCGCAUUCGAAAACUAUCGCCUGCUUCUUCUGAAUGGGGUGUAUCUCGAAACUAUCUUGAAUGGUUAGCUGAAUUACCUUGGAGCACAAGCACACCUCGUUCAGUGCUCAACAUACAAAAGGCCAAAAAUCAAUUAAACAAUGAUCACUUUGGCCUUGAACAAGUAAAGAAGCGUAUCUUGGAAUACCUUUCAGUGAUCAAAAUCAAAGGCGAUCUUAAAGCACCUAUCAUUUGCCUUGUAGGACCACCUGGUGUAGGCAAGACAUCGUUGGGUAGAUCCAUUGCGCAAUGUAUGUCGCGCGAGUUCCAUCGUAUCUCUUUAGGUGGUGUACGAGACGAGGCUGAUAUGAGAGGUCAUCGACGCACAUACGUAGGUGCCAUGCCUGGUUUGAUUAUCCAAGGGCUUCGCAAAUGUAAAGUAAACAACCCUCUUUUUCUUUUGGAUGAAAUCGAUAAACUUGUUCAUUCUUCUCAUUAUGGCGAUCCUGCUGCUGCUUUGCUAGAAGUCUUGGAUUCUGAACAAAACAACAGUUUUGCAGACCAUUACCUUAAUGUUGGAUUUGAUUUAUCGAAUGUCUUGUUUAUUGCUACAGCUAAUUCUUUAGACACCAUUCCAGGUCCUUUGUUGGACCGUAUGGAAGUCAUUGAACUUCAAGGCUAUACCAUUCAAGAAAAAUUACAUAUUGCCAAGACACACCUGAUACCUAAACAAGUAUUGGCUCAUGGACUGACUUUAGAUCAAGUCAAAUGGUCAGAAGAAGCAGCCUUGACUCAUUUGGUUGAACAUUAUACCAGAGAAGCAGGCGUAAGACAAUUAGAACGAACGCUAGCCUCUGUUGUACGUCACAAAUGUGUUGAACUCGCUGAACUUAGAGACCGUGGACAAGAACUGGCUUAUUCUCCUUCUAUCUGUAUUCAAGAUGUCGAGCUUAUUUUAGGCAAUAUCAAGUUUGAAAAAGAAGUAUCUGAACGCGAAUCGUAUCCAGGUGUAGUAACAGGCUUAGCUUAUUCUGGCAGUGGCAAUGGAGGUAUUCUAUUUGUGGAAGCCUCUAAAAUGCCAGGUCAUGGUCGACUUGAAUUAACAGGUUCCUUGGGUAAUGUCAUUCAAGAGUCUGCUAAAUUAGCUCUAUCUUGGGUGAAAUCAAAUGCCUUUGCACUCAAGUUAACAACACACUCAAAAGAAAAGCUUAUUGAACAAGACGAUAUUCAUAUUCACUUCCCUUCUGGUUCUAUACCUAAAGACGGUCCAAGUGCUGGCGUAACGUUAGUUUGUGCUCUUGUCUCUUUGUAUUCUGAUAAAUGUAUCCCAACAACAACUGCAAUGACAGGCGAAAUUUCUUUAAGAGGACAAAUAUUACCUGUAGGCGGCAUAAAAGAAAAAGUCAUAUCGGCACAUCGAGCAGGCAUUCGUAAAGUGGUUUUGCCCUUCAAAAACAAAAGAGAUGUCGAGAGUGAUAUACCGAAAACUAUAUGUGAUGAUAUUGAAUUCUGCUAUACAAAAACUAUUUGGCAAAUGCUGGAAUUUGCUUUUGAGAAUCAUGCUAGAACGACACAUCCUCGCAUGUUGGAAAGCCAUCUAUAAAUUACACACUUGAUUUAUUCUUACAAUAAAACAAAGAAGAGAGACACU